UCGCAUACACCAGUAAAAUGGGAAUGCAUGCUUAAUGAUAAUUUGCCCCAAUUAUUCUUUCUGAGUAUUCCGUAUCAAACAGUAAUUAUAACAACAACGCUCUUCUCACCUCAUCUGACUUACAAAUGCCACUUUUUAAUUUCCGGGUUACGCCAAUGUUAGCAUGAGCUAUGACAUUGUACCAAACAGAAAAGAGCCCAGUCUGUAGAGCGGCUUACACUUCGUUAUUUCUCAUGUUUUGAAAACUUUCAUUAGCACUGACUUUGUAGUCAUGUCAUCCACCACUACAGGUUUUCCGGAGGAGCCGCAGCGUAGACGAGCACGGGGGCCCUUGGGCAUGGACUACAUCCCCACAGAAGAAGAGAUGAGGGUGUUUAGAGAGUGCAGCCAUGAGAGCUUUUGGUACAGAUCUAUGCCCUUCUCUGUGGUCAGCAUGGCUGUCACUCAAGCCCUAAUUGCCAGAGGGACCCUGACUGCAUCUCCAAGAUAUGGAUCUCUGCCCAAAGUGGCCUUUGCUGGUUUCUGUGGCUACCUGGCUGGGAAAAUGUCUUAUAUGAAAACGUGUGCGGAGAAAUUCAAGAGUCUGGAGAACUCUCGUUUUGGAGACACUGUCAGACAGAAGGCAGGACUACCGCCACAGCAACCUUGGGGUCCUCAGUCACAGCUGAGUGGCCCAGACACCCAGUCAUUUGAUACUGUGUUCCAGUCAGCAGAAGCUCCCAGUCAGAUGCCCACCCACAGCAGAGAUUAUGGAUAUGGCUACAAUCCAGAGCCACCCAUGCAAAUGGAAAGACCAGAUGACUUCAGUCUUCCAGUCCAGCCAUAUGUGGAAGAGGAGGAGCCCAGGAGGAAGUCUACCCUCUAUGAGGACCUAAGGCUCAAGAACAGAGAAAACUAUGAGGUCACACUCGCACAGAAGGCUGAGACACAUCUUAAAACACCACCUGAGGAGCAAGAAAGGCCCAAGAAAGCGGUGAAGAAAAACAUCUAUGGAGACACCUGGGAGGAAUGAGCUCCUACUAAAGCUGAAGAUGUGAUCUGUAUUCUGGUGUCACUGACACUGCAGUAUAUAGGCAACUAGGAUGCCAUUUAAAUAAAUGUGACUUUGAUUCA